AUGAGAUAUCGCACACACUUUAAGCCAACGUACAAGAUCGCCUUCAAGACUGUGACCGAGCUGGCGUGGAGGUGUUGCCCCGGUUACCAGGGCCACAACUGCAUGGAGGUGAAAGACAUGAGAAUAAUCCAAGUGGACCGUUUACCCCAAGCGCCUUUUCCUGUUUCUGGUCAUAUUCCAAUUCCUGUAGGUCCAGAGGAGCAGACAGACAACCAAAGACACCAUCCAUGGAGAGGAGGAGGAGGAGGAGGAGGAGGAGGAGGAGGGGGGCAAUUUGGAGGUCACACAGGUCACACAGGUCACAGACCACACGGGGGUCACAGAGGAUCACAAAGUGGACAACACCUGGAGGAGGAGGUGCAACGACUGUCCCAGAUGGUGCUUGACAUGCAGGCGAGAAUGACAGACAUGUCUUCAAACCUGAGACUGGACUUCCAAGAGGAUGCCAGUAAAAUGCUGGUUACCCUCCUGAGUAACGUGAGACAGCCGGUCAGUGCUCGGGGGGUAGAGCCUGAAACCGUCCAGCUGCAGGAUCUCACUCUGGAGCACGAGAGGACGCAGAUAGACGAGGUGAUGAACAAGAUCGGCCAGGUUACAGACGAUCUGGAGGCCAAGGGUAACACUCUGAAAGACCUGCUGGGUCGCGUCAACAGUCACGAUGGGCAAAUUCAUCUGUUAAUGGAGGCUGCUCAGACUCCGAUGGCCACGGAGCCUCCCGUUCUUCCCCCAGCCAGCCGCCCUGACCUCCGAACCUACGUGGACGAGCAGAUCCGCGCCGUGAGGGAAGAGAUGAUGGAGGGUAUGGACAUCAAACUGGCAGAUCUGAAGAACUCGUGCGAUUAUAAAAUCCUGUCAGUUCGGGAGCAGUGCGAGGGUCAAGAAGCCAACUACCUCAGCCUGGCCGAGCUCAUGGACUCUAAAGAAAGCGACCUCCGCACCGAGAUCCAGAACCUCAAGACCAAGCUGGUUAAUACAGGAAAGGAAAAACCUGAAAACACUCAGCUGGUCGACUCGGUUCUGGUUCGUGUGGAGAAUUUAGAGAGCCGCAUGAACUUAUCUGAGGGGACGGUGGCGGGUCGGUGCCUCUCAAUGGAGGAAAGGCUGAAUAGAGAGCGAGAAGAAGCCAUCAAAAACCUGAAAGAGACUCUGGAGGACAAGCUGGCCUUAAUCGAAGACAAAUUCACCACUUUGCUAGUAGAUACAAGCUCCAACUCUCCAUCUGAGGGUCACCAAACUCUGCAGAGUGAAGUGACGUCUGUUAAAGACUCUUUUAAAACUCUGGAGGAUAGAUUCAAAGCCCUGGAUCAGCUCUGCUCAAAGGAGUGUAAGGCGAAUUUGACUGUUGUAGAAAACCUCCAACAGGACUUCCAGAGCUGCAAAACUGCUGUAGUUGCCAUGGAGACUGGUCUAAAAUCCCAGUUAGAUCACCUCAGAGCAAUGGAGGGUCAACUCCUCAAUUAUAGCACCAGCGUUGAGAGCGUACAUGGUGAUCUGAGCUCCUUGAAAGGGCGAGUUGGGAAGUUAGAAGACUCGAUAUCAGACGUUCUCCACCCGAGCCUCAACAACUCCACCACCGGGUCUGGAGCCGCCGAGCAGGAGGCCGCCGAGGAGCUUCUGGAGCUUCACAGGACUCAUCAGGAGGAGCUGAGACGACGGCUGGACGAGCUGGGCCGCGAGGUGAAACGAGAGUCGGACCUCUGCAGGGAGAAAACACAGGAAGUGGAGAAGGAGAUCGCUCACGUCGACAGCCGCGUGGUCAGCGUGGAGAGCUUGUGCGGAAAGCUGGAUCCCAUCUCGGGAAGUCUCCAGAGGAUCAAAGAAGGUCUGAACAAACACGUGACCGGGUUGUGGACUUGCGUGAACCAGCUGAACGGCACGGUGAGAGCUCACGGGAGAGAUAUCGGAGGACUGAAGGGAACCUGUCAGAAGAUCCAGAACCGUAUUUCUGACGUCACCAAAGACCUCGAGGUGCUGACGGAAAGAUCUCCGGGGAAGAAAGGUGUUCAGGUCGUUGCCGAGGACACCAGACAUCCACACGGUUCAAAUAACGGCCCUGCAGUGCCGGCCGGCCCCGAGGAGACCCCUCUACUACUACAGCCGCCGCCGCCGCCACCACCUGUGAUGGAGACCGGAGAGGCGGGGCCGCCCGGGAAGAUGACCUCGUCUAAGUUGCCUAAAGGGAUGGACGGCAGCAUAAUGCCUCUUCUGGGAUUCGCUGGAGCUCCAGCUUCUCCAAUAAAACCCACUGAAUCUCUAAAAAACAGGCUGCCUCUCCUUCCAGAUGUGACCGUGCCUCUGAAACCAUCACCACGGAAACCCGACACUGCUUCGGCAUCGUUGGCUUCAGUUUCAGGUGAGAGAGUAUCAUUCUCAGCUGGUCUCACUCUGACUCCGUCUCAUGGAGAGGUCGGGAUCAUUAGAUUCAACAAGCUGCUGCUGAAUGACGGAGGACACUACGAUCCCACCACAGGUAUCUUCACAGUGCCGACGGACGGCCGCUACCUGGUAACCGCGGUGCUCUCAGCGCAGCGAGGUGAGAGGCUGGAGGCGGCCCUCUCCGUGUCAAACCGCAGCGUGCAGAGGUUGGACUCCACCGGCUUCCUGUCUGGAGCAGCAGCAUCGGCGUCGUCACGGGAACAAUGUAACUGCAGCAGCUCGACUUCGCUCAGUCUGGUUCUGCCUCUGAAGCGAGGAGACCGAGCCGGGCUGGUUCUGACCGCCGGACGGCUCGCCAUCACUACUUCCUCUGAGGUCCUGUCGUCUUUCAGCGUCGUCCUUCUUUACUCCAGUCAGUCCGAACUGUAG